GAGAUAUUUUGCUAAGUAAAACGGUUGGUACUUCGAUCCAAGAGCUUUUCAGAACCUUUUCUCGUCCUCCUUUUCACGCGGUGCGGAUCGUUAAGAUGUUAGCAAACGCUAAGAUAAUAAAAAGUGGCGGGGCUGAGCCUGAUGGCUUCGAAGCUAACAUUUCUCAAGCUCUCCUAGAGCUCGAGAUGAACAGUGAUUUAAAAUCACAAUUAAGAGAGCUUUAUAUUACAAAAGCUCGCGAAAUUGAGACCAAUAACAAGAAGUGUAUCAUUAUAUACGUGCCUAUGCCUAAGUUGAAGGCAUUUCAAAAGAUACAAACUAGACUCGUACGUGAGCUAGAAAAGAAAUUCUCUGGGAAGCAUGUUAUGUUUGUCGGAGAACGUAAAAUUCUACCUAAACCGACCAGAAAGACGCGUACGAAAAAUAAGCAGAAGAGGCCAAGAAGUCGUACAUUGACUGCUGUGUAUGAUGCGUUGCUAGAGGAUCUAGUGUAUCCUGUAGAAAUUGUUGGGAAGCGUAUCAGGAUUAAACUGGAUGGUACACAACUAAUUAAAGUUCAUUUAGACAAGAAUGAACAAACAAAUAUUGAGCACAAGGUUGACACUUUUGCAGCCGUGUAUAAAAAACUAACUGGACGGGACGUGACGUUCGAAUUCCCAGAAACAUGGAAUUAAAUUUAUUUGUUUAAGGAAUAAAAAUAUUUGAAAUAAUA